GUGCUUCGCCAAACCAUGGAGCUUCGUCAGCUCGUUAUGAAGACCGUCAUCUUCAUCGCCUGGUUCGUGGGGGUUUGCGUCGCUGAAGAAGAAACGAAGAUUACCAGUUCCGGCAACGUGUUCGGUCUCGGGCUCCUCCAAGAAAUCCCUGCCUCGCCUCAAACCAACAUCUUCUACUCGCCGUACAGCGUGUACACGGCAUUGGCCAUGGCCUACGUUGGUGCCAGGGGCGACACACAACACGAUCUGCACGAGGUGCUUGGUUACUCGACGGCAGGCUUGAGCCCCGAAAAUGUACCGAGCCUCCACGCCAGGCACACGCGUCGUCUGCGUGAGCCUUCGAACUCGACGCUCCUCGUCGCCAACGCGGCUGUCGUUCAAACGGGCUACAACGUGCAACGUCAUUACCUAGACACGCUCAGAGAUUCCUUCGGUGCCGAAGUAAGCACAACAGAUUUGGCCGAUGUCCAGUCCUUGAAGACCAUCAACGACUGGGUCAAGAACAAGACGGCUGGGAAAAUUGAACAGCUGCUCUUUGAGCCGCUUCCCUCCGAAGCAAGGUUGGUCCUUCUGAACGCCAUCUACUUCAAGGGGCUGUGGAACACUCCUUUCCAGGCAGGAGCCACGUUCAAGGUUCCUUUCUUCAAUGCGGGAACAGAGCGGGUGCAGGUGGACACGAUGCAUCAGCAGCUUACGGCGGGAUACGCCGAAGACGACGAGACGAACGCGCAAGUUAUCGAUCUCGCUUACGCUGGCCUUGAUUACAGCAUGGUUAUUAUACUGCCGAGAGAGAAGAACGGCGUGGAUGCUAUCAGGCGUAACUUCUCGGUGCCACUCUACCAUCGUCUGCUGUUGAAGCUCCGGGAGAGGGUCGUCGACGUCGCCCUUCCCAAGUUCAAGAUUGAAGGCCCGUACAAACUAAAGGAGCCUCUGUCGCAUAUGGGAGCAUCGAAGGUCUUCGACGAGCAUCAAGCCGACUUCUCGGGCAUCAGCGGAUCUCGCGACUUGUUCGUCCACGACGUGGUGCACUGGGCCGUUGUCGAGGUGAACGAAGAAGGCAGCGAGGCGGCCGGUGCCACGGCUGUUAUCUUUCAAACUGAUAGCCUCCCCGUAGGCACGCCAUUCGUGGUCGACCAUCCGUUCCUGUUCAUCAUCCACAAGAGACAUACGGGAGACAUUCUUUUUGUCGGACAAGUGAAUUACCUAUUGGCCAGUGCCUUCGGCCAGUGCUCCACUGGCUACAGCGGUGACUCGCCGAGCCUGGUCCAGGGUUGCCAGUCGGCAUCCCAAGGCAUGAUGCGAGAGUCGCGCCUCCCACAAACAAAUCGAGACAACAUGAAACCACUUCUAGCUGUGGCCGCCAUGCUGGCGUUGAGCUGCUUCCAGCUCUCGCUUUGCCAGACGGACAACGAGCACAAGCUCAUCGCCGCAAACAACGCAUUUGCCAUUCAUUUGCUCAAGGUGCUUCCCAGCCUACCGAAUGAGAACGUCUUCUUUUCGCCGUACAGCCUCUCGACCGCACUCGGCAUGACCCUGAUGGGCGCGAGGGGAGACACGCUGGAGGAAUUGUCCCAAGCUCUAGGAUACAGCGCGCUCUCGCUCAGCGAGAGCGAUAUCCGAGAGGCUUUCGCUCACCAAAACAACAGGCUGCAGGCGCACGCCCGGCAAGCAGGCCUCGAAGUGGCCAAUAGCGCAGCAGUCCAAGAUGGCUUCAACGUCAUCGACAGUUACUAUGAUACUCUAAACCACACUUUCAACGCGCACGUCUUCAACGUGGACUUUCAGAGCCAUGGUCAGCAGGCCGUGGACACCAUCAACGAGUGGGUCAAGCAGGCGACCCACAACAAGAUCGACAAGCUCUUCCACGAGCCUCUGGACACCGACACGCGGCUGGUUCUCAUGAAUGCGAUACUCUUCAAAGGGUUUUGGGAACGCCAGUUCGACCCGAGCCAAACGACAAAGCAUGUCUUCUACAACGGCGGCGUCCAGGGUACUCCGGUGGACACCAUGUUCUUGCGGCACACGACCAAGCGCGGCUUCUCAGAGGAGCUGCAGUCGAAAGUGCUCGAGCUUCCCUACCGUGACAGUGAUUACAGCAUGGUCAUCGUACUGCCAGAGGAACGGGACGGCGUGGACGCUGUCAAACAGGUUCUGACUAUCGACAAGCUCAACAUUGCCAUUGGGUCGCUGAAUAGCGCACCAGUGGCCAUUUCCCUUCCCAAGUUCAAGAUAGACAAGCUGAACCCGCUGAAGAGCAACCUGACCCACUUGGGCUUGCGGAAAAUGUUCGGCAGCGAAGCGGACUUGUCUGGCAUCACGGGCGACCGUCGGUUGCACGUGUCCGACGUGCUCCAGCGGGCUGUGGUCGAGGUCAACGAAGAAGGCACCGAGGCCGCGGCUGUCUCCGGCGUCGUCGGCGUCAACCGCAUCGGCAUCGAGCCAUUCCCCUUCACGGCUGACCACCCGUUCUUGUUCUUCAUCCGCGACCGCAAUACAAACGAGAUCUUCUUCGCCGGACAAGUGAACGCCCUCUGAGCUGCAGUGGACACG